GUGUAGAGGAGAUAGACCCAGAUUUACCCUCAGAAUGGGAGAAAAACCUUCAUCCGGUAGCAGCUCGUUAUAUCCAAGAGCAUUAUACGUUUGAUGAUGGUCAAGAAACCUAUUCCUAUUAUGGAAGACUUAAUAAAAUAUUUAUGAAUAUUGGUUAUCAUAAUGAACACCACGAUUUUACAAAU